ACCCGGUCAGCGCUCACUCUCCGCUCGCUCGCGCGCAGUCUCUCUCUCUCUCUCUCUCUCUCUCUCUCUGUGCGCGCGCAGUCUCUCUCUCUCUCUCUCUCUCUCUCUGUGCGCGCGCGACCGGAACCGGAGUGGUGAACCGCACUGACGCUCGUGCGCACCGGAACAUCGACACAGGAUUAUUUUGAAGUUUCUCCUGAAUCGGAAGCGCCCCUCCCCCUCCCCCCUGAGGACCUUCACUGCAGCUCGAGCGGAAGAUUGAGCCGGAAGUGUGGAACAGACAAAAUGGACACACAGAAGAGCCAAUGGGAGCAGGGCAGGACUCCGCCCUGGCUUGCCCGGCGAGCCGAUGGUAGGAGCUCCGCCUCCUCAGGGGCAGAGUCAGACUCCGAGGGCAGUAGCAGUGGAACUGAGAGGCCAAGUCCUGAGAUUAAUCCUGUCACCUGUUCAAGAACAAGGAGCCGUGCCGUUCUUCAUCCUCCUCAGUCUCUGAGCAGACGAAUGGGUGUCAACUCCAAGGCUCUGAGCACACAGCGGCGAAUCACAGAGCUCAAUCAGCAGAAGGAGGAGCUAAAGAUAGAGCUGCAGUUGGAGAUUGCACUGUUACAGGGUGAGCUGCAGACAGAGAGAGAGCGACUGCGCAAACACACAGCCCAGCUGCAGAUGCUGCAGGAGUCCAAACACAAACCAACACACAGCAGCACACAGCAGGUGAUCACAUGUGAACGAGUAAAGCUGGAGGAGGAGAGGUUGAGGGUGGAGGACAUGAAGGCAAGAUGGAUGGAAAGAGAAAAACUCACUGGGAUCGACGGACAGAGAGACACAGACACACUGCUGCAGAUACAACAGGAGAAGGAGGUGUUGGACAGUGCAGUCAGAGCGUUUGAGGACUGGGAAUUCCGUGUCCUCGAGAUGGAAAGCAGUGUGGAGGAGGAGAAGAUGGAGGGAGAGACAGACAGAGAAAUCAGUCGAGAACAACAUGCCAUGAACACAGCACAGGAGCGUGUGAGACAGUUGGAGCAGCAGCUGAAGGACAUGGAGAGAGAAAAGGAAAGAGAGAUGAGUUCAUUGAGAGAGGAGAAGAGAGAACUCCUGCAUCAAACACACCGGAUUCUGAAAGAGAACAAGCUUGUUGCUGAUUGGCCCAACAUCACUGGCUCUGCCUCCAGCAUGGCAUCACUGUCACCACUGACCAACCACAAAACAGCGCAGGACGUGUCGAGUUCAGCACGGAGACGGAGCUCACACCGCAAAGUCACGGAGCGGCCGACAUCAGUGCAAGGACUGAUAAGAAAUCCUGACACUCCUCCUCUUCCUCACUCCAAACACAGACUCAGUAAUGGAAACGCUAAUGGCUUCCACACACCAACUAACAGCACCUGCAGCUCCCGCGCAGCCAGUCCAAAUCUGCAUCUGGUCGACCUCGUGGAGAUUGAGAGGAAACUACGGGAAGCUAAAGCAGAGAGAGAACGGCUUCUGAAGGAGAGGGAGGAGAGGAGACGUCUCACUGUCGAGGACGGACACAACAAACCGGACGACCUGAACACACAGCCACACACAAAUACGCACUCGGAGGAGGAGCCUAAAGAGAUCCACGCCCAGAACUCACCAGAGCACGGUGUCCCUCUCUUCCUAACGCUGAAUUUUGACCUUCGGGCUCAUGUGGAGAAUCUGGGUCAUGGUGUUGCGGGGUGUCUCGGCGUUCGUUUGACACCACGGCGAUGUUGUGGUUUCCUGACGAAACGAGGUGGCCGGGUGAAGACGUGGAGAAGGAGAUGGUUCCUCUUCGACAUGGAUCAUCGCAGGCUGGCGUAUUACACUGAUCAGGAUGAGAGGAAGCUGAAGGGCGUGAUCUACUUCCAGGCCAUAGAGGAAGUUUAUUAUGAUCAUCUCCGAACAGCGACUACGUCUCCUCGGCCGAGCCUGACGUUCUGCGUGAAGACAUACGAGCGUCUGUUUUUCCUUGUGGCUCUGAGUGCUGAGAGCAUGCGCAUCUGGAUGGACGUGAUUGUAACGGCAACAGAUGAACACAGCCGCUACUGAACACCAUCUCUCUCUCUCUCUCUCUCUCUCUCUCUCUCUCUCUCACACACACACUGGGACGGAGCAGUCACUCCUCUUUAAUGAGGGCACAGGAAGGCUCAGGUUCACACUCGGCUCGUUCCCUCAGGCUGUGUGGAGAGACGCUGUUAUAAACGUUUGCUCUUCAGUGUAGGAAAUAAGAGGACGUGGGCUUUGAUGCACGAGAGUUUUCUCUCUCACACACGCGGGUUUACUCCCCUUUUUACCCUCAGAUAAAACUGACAUUAGCAUUCGUUUCUGUGUGACUGUAAACAGUGAUGUAUUUCGUGUUUUUAUGGGACAUAAAUGUUUUAAAAAGGAAACAAUGUGGUUUAGUUAAUUUAGUUUGUGGUGUUUUAAUCUAUCUGAUGAGUGUCAUGUCAGAGAUUUGAUCAUUCGCCCAACAGGAAGUGAAGCGUGGUGGAGGAUCGGAUCGUUGCAGUGUGUUAUUCUCAAUAAGGUUUAUGGGAAUGUCAGUUAUAACAUGUUUAUAAGCUUAUAAUGUUCCUUAUGGUAACUGAUGGUGUGUUAUCUCUCUCUCUCUCUCUCUCUCUCUCUCUCUCUCUCUCUGUGGGGAAACUGCUUCAUGUUUCUAACACACCCUCAUCCACAUCACAUUGGGCUCAAGUCCCUCUUUCACAGGACCUUCCACUUUAAUGUUGCACUGUAUAGGUCAAAAGCACAGUUUACCCAUGAUGCAUUGCUGCACUUUUGUGACGCAGUUUCCUUUUGAUAAAGAUGAGAACAAUAGUGAGUUCUGCUGCCAUCUACUGGUCACUGUCAGGAACUGGUUAGAAUUAUGCACUACACUUAACUCUGGACUUUAUUUAUUUCCUAAUAACAGUUUAUCAGCAUUAAGGUGUAAAAAGUUUAAUAUAAAAAAUAAGGAAUUAAAUAUUACAGUGAAUGUU